AGUUACCCGCCUCCUUCAGCUUGAAAAUGUCACUUCCGGUUUACCCGGAAGUAAGCAUCAGUCCCAAAGAUGGCGGAGCAAGGUCCGAUGGCUAUAGCGAUGCGGCUACGAAAUCAGCUACAGUCCGUCUACAAACUGGAUCCGCUGAGGAACGAGGAGGAGGUCAAGUUGAAGAUCAAGGACCUGAACGAACACAUUGUCUGCUACCUCUGUGCUGGGUACUUCAUAGAUGCCACAACAAUUACAGAGUGUUUGCACACCUUCUGUAAAAGUUGUAUUGUGAAAUAUCUGCAAACAAGCAAGUAUUGUCCAAUGUGCAACAUCAAAAUCCAUGAAACGCAGCCUUUACUCAACCUCAAACUGGACCGCGUGAUGCAGGACAUUGUCUACAAACUGGUGCCUGGACUACAAGAAAGUGAAGACAAAAGAAUAAAGGAAUUUUAUCAGUCACGUGGGUUAGAGAGAGUCAUCCAACCGACUGGAGACGAUGCUGUACCUGAUGCUACAGGUUUACCAUACACAAGCUUCGACCAUUCAAAAGCCCACUUCUACAGAUAUGAUGAGCAGGUUUCACUGUGUUUAGAAAGGCUAAGUUCAUCGCUUGCUGGAAAAGAUAAGACGAAACUUACUCUCCAGCAGAAGUUUGUUCGCUGUUCUGUCCGAGCGGAGGUGAGACACCUACGGAAAGUGCUUUGUCAUCGGCUAAAUGUGGAAAAACACCAGGUCCAGAUGUUGUUCAAUAAUGAGUCUCUGCCCGAUCACAUGACCAUGAAACGGUUAUGGCUCUCACACUGGUUUGGCAAGGCCCAACCAUUAGUCCUUCACUACACCAUCAAGGACAAAAGGACCAGAUAGGACUUGUUUUCACUCUGAGGACAGCUGUACAUAUUUUGUACAAUACAUAUUCUAUUUUAAUAGUGUUUGUGUACAUAUACUUAUUUUCCUUGUUUUGUAUUUUUGAAAAUAAAUUGAAAAUGUGACAAAUAA